AGAGUCCCACCCUCCAAUGACUUCAAGGUGGGAAUGAAGCUUGAAGCUCAUGACCCACGCAAUUCCACAUCCGUUUGUAUCGCCACAGUGAUGGGUUUAACUGGGGUCCGUCUGCGUCUCCGCCUGGAUGGAAGCGACAACAGCAACGACUUCUGGCGACUCGUCGAUUCCUUGGACAUCCAACCCAUCGGCACGUGUGAGAAGAAUGGAGACAUGCUGCAGCCACCUCUGGGGUUUCGAAUGAAUGCCUCCUCCUGGCCCAUGUUUCUGCUCAGAACCUUGAACGGAGCAGAGAUGGCACCAGUAUCAGCCUUUAAAAAGGAACCUCCACGACCGCUCCAGAAUAAUUUCAAGCCAGGCAUGAAGCUGGAAGCGGUAGAUAAGAAGAAUCCAUACCUGAUCUGCCCUGCCACAAUCGGAGAAGUGAGGGGUGAUGAGGUGUUCAUCAUGUUCGAUGGGUGGCGGGGGGCUUUUGAUUACUGGUGCAAGUAUGACUCCCGGGACAUCUUCCCAGUGGGCUGGUGUUCUCUCACUAAACACAGCCUCCAGCCUCCAGGCAACAGUGUAACUCUUCCAAAGAACCUGCAGAUUUUUCCAGCGUCGCCCUCCAAGCCCAGCAGACGGUCCAUGCAGUCACCCUACAGACUCCUCAGCCCUCUGCCCUCUCUGCCCGUCAGGAAGGGGGUAAGAGGCCGCCGGCCCAAGAGCGAGACCCUGGCUCUCCUUAAAGCUGUGGCAGAGGCAGCAGCCGCCCACAACGGGACUGUCCCCGACAACACUCAGCUCGUACCCCGGGUCCACAAGAAGAGGGGGCCCAAACCUGGAAGCAAGAGAAAGCCAAAAAUUCUGCAAAGCCCAACACAGCUGCCAAGCAUCCAGGUUCCACAAGAAAGCCCCCCCAGCCACAGCUCAGUGGUUUCAACAGUGUGCGUGUAUGUGAACAAGCAUGGAAACUGUGGUCCCCACUUGGACAGGAAGCAUAUGCAGCAUCUGCCUGACCACUUUGGCCCUGGGCCAGUGAACACUGUGCUCCAGCAAGUGGUUCAGUCCUGUAUAAACUGCGCCUAUCAGCCAAAAGUGCUGCUCAACGCUGUACAGAGCGACUCAGGAGGAGGGGAAACUGUCAAAGUGAGAACAAGUGCUGGUGUCCGUGUGAUCAGACUGCCGUCAGCCUCCAGUCCUUCUUUUGUGCUGCGGUUCUUGGAGACGAUGUGUCGUCAUCUUCAGUGUGACAAUCUGUUCAGCAGCCAGCCGUUCAGCCGCUACACGUCAUACGACAGACACAAGUCAGUGAAAGAGGAAGCGCUUGAUGCUCCGUCUCUUGCCCGGGGCAGUAAACACAGCCUCUCAGGAGUCUUUCCUCCACACGCAGCUCCUCUGUCUCCUAAACAUUUAUGUGCUGAGGCUCACCCGUCAGAAGCAGAGACUCUGCCACAUGAAGAGAACAGUCUGAUGAAGGAGCAGCGCUACAUGGACUCUGCUUCCAAUUCCAUGACCCCUCGACCCCAGACUGUUCGCAGUGUCUCUGACUUCCACUGUCAGGCCAGAAGCCUUUACCACCUUGGUGGCAGCACAUCAUUGCACCGCCAUUCCUCCACCUCGGCAGAGCUGAGCUCAACGCAGCCCCUCAGGCGAGUCGAAGCAGCCAGCUCCACCACAGGUCCAGAGUCUGUGGCCUUAGAUCGGGACAGUUCACACCUGCUCAGCAAAAACCCCUCCUCCUGGUCCAUCGAAGAGGUCAUGCAGUUUGUUAGGGAUGCAGACCCCACAGCGUUAGCACCGCACGCAGAACUUUUCAGAAAACAUGAGAUCGAUGGAAAAGCCUUGAUGCUCCUCCGGAGCGACAUGAUAAUGAAGUACAUGGGUCUGAAACUAGGACCUGCUCUGAAGCUGUGCCACCACAUCGAGCGGCUCAAACAGGGCAAACUGUAACGAGUCCGGACCCUGGCUAACCCCGAGCAGCACCACAGUCCAGGGCCACGUAG